GAAAAGUUGAAGAGCUGAAGCUGUACAGGGACUGAGUCCUGGGGAGGAGUACCCAGCAACUGGAAUUGGCUGGGUCAUGGGGAGGAGAGUUAGCAAGGUACUAACACUCCAAUUGGCUAACACAUAAUUUCUCUAUGCAGCUUAAGACUUUGGGCACACAGAAUAUGAACACAUGAAGGGAGUAAAAACUCCAACCUCUGGACCACUUCCUGGAAUGCUCCUAACCCAGACUCCCACAAGGCUUCAUCCCAUACCUCAUUUAGGUCUUUGGCUCAAAUGUUACCUCUUUAGAACUGCCUCAAGACUGGGGCAACAGGAGUCCCAAUCUAGGGCUCUGAGCACCUGAUUCUCUUCCGUCCAUGUUCCUUUCCAUAGGGCAAGAAGCCCACGGGCCAACGGGAUGUACUCACUCAGAGCUCUUGCCCCUCUCGUUUUUAGAGCAUACUGUGAGUUCCUGGGACCCUAGAAAAUAGUGCCCCAAUAGCAACAGGUCACCAGCUACAGGCUGCCUCAGCCUUUUCCCAAGGUCUAUCCUCCUGAGGAGCAAGGGGUGGUCAAGGGGAGGCUAUGUGCAGGAGGUGUGGACAAAACUCUGAUGUGCAGAUGUCGUUGUUAUAGGUGUGGGCACAAGGCCAUUUGAAGUAUGGGACAGAGCUGGGGUGCCAAGAGAAGAAGGAAGGCUGAGGGCCAAGGACAUGUUUCCCCUCCAAAGCACUACAUUCGAGGGCGUUAUCUCAGAAGGGUCCAAGAAUCCUAAACUUAAAUGUGGCCUUCCAGAUUAUGAUGAAGGUAUACAUGUCAAGAUAAAAGGAUAGGAAUUUUACAUCACCGUUUAAUUUGUAGUUUUAAAAUAUGUAGACAUGAUAUGUGGGCCUCCAUUUGUACUACUGACUCAGUUCUUGCAAAUAUUAAGGGUAGACCUGUCCCUGAUCUUCGUGUGUAAAAUAGCACCUCCUCUGCCACUCUAUUCUUACCCCAGUCUACAUUUCUUCAUAACAUCGGUCACCAUCUGAUCUACAUUUACUUAUGUAUCAUCUCUUUACCCCCACUGGAAUGUAAGUUCCACGUCCCUAGAGUCUAUAUUUUGUUUACCGCCUUAUCCUUAUACCUAAACAAGUGCCUGGCAUGACACCACUCAGUAAAACUUGAAUAAAUGAAUAACAAAUCUAGACUCAAAGCUCUCAUAGGUGAAAGGGGCUACCUGGCAGACACAAAGGAAAAAUAUCACUGUGACAACCCUCUGAGGAGCACCUUCUCCCCUUAAAAUAACUCACUCAAAACAGUGGAGCUGCAAAGGUGACCAGAGAAAAUCCAUUAACACCUUAGUGCCCAUGACACCAGGUGAGUUGAUCGGGCUACUUGCGAGAGGGACAUGUGAGUGAGCGCGGAGAGCUCUGAGUGGGCUGAAGAGCUGGAUGUGGGGGAUCUGGGCUGCUGGGAACCCCGAAUGUUGCAAUCGCCCUAACAACCUUAUGAGGGUGGCCAGAUAUGGGUCCUGAGGAAACUGAUUCCACGGCAACGGCCCGCCAACCCAGCACACCCCACAGUGAAGAGGGGGCUUCUGAUCCAUGAGUAGGGCCCCUCAAAUGAUGUUCCCCUUUAGAUGGUCACGGUCAUCAGCAGGGGUGGAUGCAUUGAUCCUGUGAGGUCUUGGUGGUCGCAGACCACGCGUCCCUCUUCUCACAUCUAAUUCACAACGUCUCAUCGCUCUGCGGGAGCCCAGGAACUGCCCUAAAACAGCCGAAAUCCGGGUCGUCUAUUCCAAAGGAUUCUUCUUCCGUUGGAUACGGGGGCCGUGAGAGGCCAAACAACUUCCGCGAGGCCCCCCCACCCCCCCCGCAGCAACCGCUCGGCGGGCGCUCCAUUCCUUUACCGGACUGUACACCUCGCCUCCUGGGGCCUGAGGCGGGAACCCGGGUCGCGCAGCUCUGCGGCCUCGACGGACCGCGAAAGGAUGGCUCACCGCCCGGCCAGGGCCAGCCCCGGCAACAAGCUCAGCCCCGCCGACAAGCUCAGCCCCACCCGCUCCAGCGCCCAGGCGCGGCCGGCGGGGCGGGGUGGCGGGGCAGGCCUCGGGGGCGGGGGCUCAGGGGCGGGGCCACGUGGCUCCUCCUUGCGGGCGGAGGCAGGCGGUGCCGCGGCGCCGGGAGCCGACUCAUCCGGUACUUGCGUGUGGUGGUGAGCGCAGCGCCGAGGAUGGGGAGGUGCAACCGCGGCUCCGGGCCGCCGUCGUCGCUGCUGCUGCUGCUGCUGCUGUGGCUGCUCGCGGUUCCCGGCGCUAGCGCGGCCCCGCGCUCGGCGCUCUAUUCGCCUUCCGACCCGCUGACGCUGCUGCAGGCAGACACGGUGCGGGGCGCGGUGCUGGGCUCCCGCAGCGCCUGGGCCGUGGAGUUCUUCGCCUCCUGGUGCGGCCACUGCAUCGCCUUCGCCCCGACGUGGAAGGCGCUGGCCGAAGACGUCAAAGCCUGGAGGCCAGCCCUGAAUCUCGCCGCCCUGGACUGUGCUGAGGAGACCAACAGCGCAGUCUGCAGAGACUUCAACAUCCCUGGCUUCCCGACUGUGAGGUUCUUCAAGGCCUUUACCAAGAAUGGCUCGGGAGCAGUAUUUCCAGUGGCUGGUGCUGAUGUGCAGACGCUGCGGGAGAGGCUCAUUGACGCCUUGGAGUCCCAUCAUGACACGUGGCCCCCAGCCUGUCCCCCACUGGAGCCUGCCAGGCUGGAGGAGAUUGAUGGAUUCUUUGCGAGAAAUAAUGAAGAGUACCUGGCCCUGAUCUUUGAAAAGGGAGGCUCCUACCUGGGUAGAGAGGUGGCUCUGGACCUGUCCCAGCACAAAGGCGUGGCAGUGCGCAGGGUGCUGAACACAGAGGCCAAUGUGGUGAGAAAGUUUGGUGUCACCGACUUCCCCUCUUGCUACCUGCUGUUCCGGAAUGGCUCUGUCUCUCGAGUCCCCGUGCUCAUGGAAUCCAGGUCCUUCUAUACCGCUUACCUGCAGAGACUCUCUGGGCUCACCAGGGAGGCUGCCCAGACCACAGUUGCACCAACCACUGCUAACAAGAUAGCUCCCACUGUUUGGAAAUUUGCAGAUCGCUCCAAGAUCUACAUGGCUGACCUGGAAUCUGCACUGCACUACAUCCUGCGGAUAGAAGUGGGCAGAUUCCCGGUCCUGGAAGGGCAGUGCCUGGUGGCCCUGAAAAAGUUUGUGGCAGUGCUGGCCAAGUAUUUCCCUGGCCGGCCCUUAGUCCAGAACUUCCUGCACUCCGUGAAUGAAUGGCUCAAGAGACAGAAGAGAAAUAAAAUUCCCUACAGUUUCUUUAAAACUGCCCUGGAUGACAGGAAAGAGGGUGCCGUUCUUGCCAAGAAGGUGAACUGGAUUGGCUGCCAGGGGAGUGAGCCGCAUUUCCGGGGCUUUCCCUGCUCCCUGUGGGUCCUCUUCCACUUCUUGACUGUGCAGGCAGCUCGGCAAAAUAUAGACCACUCACAGGAAGCAGCCAAGGCCAAGGAGGUCCUCCCAGCCAUCCGAGGCUACGUGCACUACUUCUUCGGCUGCCGAGACUGCGCUAGCCACUUCGAGCAGAUGGCUGCUGCCUCCAUGCACCGGGUGAGGAGUCCCAACGCUGCUGUCCUCUGGCUCUGGUCUAGCCACAACAGAGUCAAUGCUCGCCUUGCAGGUGCCCCCAGCGAGGACCCCCAGUUCCCCAAGGUGCAGUGGCCACCCCGUGAACUUUGUUCUGCCUGCCACAAUGAACGCCUGGAUGUGCCCGUGUGGGACGUGGAAGCCACCCUCAACUUCCUCAAGGCCCACUUCUCCCCAAGCAACAUUAUCCUGGACUUCGCUGCAGCUGGGUCAGCUGCCCAGAGGGAAGCACAGAAUGUGGCAGCCGCCCCAGAGCUGGCGAUGGGAGCCCUGGAGCUGGAAAGCCGGAAUUCAACUGUGGACCCUGGGAAGCCUGAGAUGAUGAAGUCCUCCACAAACACCACCCCAGAUGUGCCAGCUGAGAGACCUGAGGCAAGUCGCCCCCCGAAGCUGCGCCCUGGCCUCGGAGCUGCACCAGGCCAGGAGCCUCCUGAGCACAUGGCAGAGCUUCAGACGAAUGAGCGGGAGCAGCCGCGUGGGCAGUGGCACUUGAGCAAGCGAGACACAGGGGCUGCAUUGCUGGCCGAGUCCAGGGCUGAGAAGAACCACCUCUGGGGUCCCUCGGAGGUCAGGCGCGUGGGCCGCAGCUCCAAGCAGCUGGUUGACAUCCCUGAGGGCCAGCUGGAGGCCCAAGCUGGGCGGGGCCGAGGCCAGUGGCUGCAGGUGCUGGGAGGGGGCUUCUCUUACCUGGACAUCAGCCUCUGUGUGGGGCUCUAUUCCCUGUCCUUCAUGGGCCUGCUGGCCAUGUACGCCUACUUCCGGGCCAAGAUAAGGGCCCUGAAGGGCCAUGCUGGCCACCCUGCAGCCUGAACCACCUAGGGAGAAGGCGGGAGAGGGAGCUGCCAUCUCUAGGCUCCUCGAGCCCCCUGACCCCAUUCCCUCCCCUCCCACCCCUUGCUCCUUGUCUGGCCUAGAAGUGUGUGAAAUUCAGGAAAACCAGUCGCUCCAGUGAAGCUUCUUGGGGCUGCUAGGACAGAGAGCUCCUUUGACACAAAAGACAGGAGCAGGGUCCAGGUUCCCCUGCUGCGCAGGGAGGGCAGCCUUGGGCAGCAGGCAUAGGGCAGCUCAGUCCCUGGCCUCUUAGCACCACAUUCCUGUUUUUCAGCUUAUUUGAAGUCCUGCCUCAUUCUCACUGGAGCCUCAGUCUCUCCUGCUUGGUCUUGGCCCUAAAUUGGGGCAAGUGAAGCCAGAGGAGGGUCCUCCGAGCUGGGUGGGCUGGAAUGGAACUCCUCACUAGCUGCUGGGGCUCCGCCCACCCUGCUCCCUUCCGGACAAUGAAGAAGCCUUUGCACCUUGGGAGGAAGGACCACCCAGGGCCUUCUAUGCCUGGCCAGCCUCCAGCUCCUCAGACCUCCUGGGUGGGGUUUGGCUUCAGGGUGGGGUUUGGAAGCUUCUGGAAGUCGUGCUGGUCUCCCAGGUGAGGCAAGCCAUGGUUGCUGGGCUGUAGGGUGAGUGGCUUGCUUGGUGGGACCUGAUGAGUUGGUGGCAUGGGAAGGAUGUGGGUCUCUAGUGCCUUGGCCCUGGCUUAGCUGCAGGAGAAGAUGGCUGCUUUCACUUCCCCCCAUUGAGCUCUGCUCCCUCUGAGCCUGGUCUUUCGUCCUUUUUUAUUUUGGUCUCCAAGAUGAACGCUCAUCUUUGGAGGGUGCCGGGUAGAAGCUAGGGAGGGGAGUGUCUUCUCUCUCCAUGUUUCACCUUCCAGUGUGCAGAAGUUAGAAGGGUCUGAGGGGGGGGCAGUGCCUUACACAUGCUUGAUUCCCACGCUACCCCCUGCUUGGGAGGUGUGUGGAAUAAAUUAUUUUUGUUAAGGCAA